AUGACGAACCCUGCCUUGCUUCUUGUGGCGCUUGGGCUAGUCGGUCAUUCGCAUGCCGUGACGAUCAGGCACGCUCUCCGCCGUCUUGAAGAGGGCAGCCACCUUGGUCUUGUCCUUGACCUUGAUUCUGAUAUAGGCCAGGGCUUUACUAUCAUUGAUGACGAUCAGGCAUAUACCCUGGACCUCGACUCGAAUGGCGACAAGGGGAGCAUCGAAGGUCCUCCCAGGAUGGCCUCCCUCGGAGAGCCAGGCGGCGCUUGGGCGCGUGAUCCGACGGACGUCCAGGAGAGGGUCUUUUCGGUGGAGCUCAACCUGAGCAGGGCGCACGACCUCGGUUUGCUAGCGGGCCUCAAGCUUGGCAUCGAUACCGAUGCCAGCCCAAUCUCCGUCCUCGCGGUGAGGAGGCGCGGCCUCGUGGACGAGUGGAACUCGGCCCAUUCUGGGACUGGGAAUGCGAUCUGCGUAGGCGAUAAGAUCACGAGGGCCAACGACUUCCUCUGGCACCUCAACAGCGUGAAGUUCGCGAGGCACGUGAUGUCGCUGUACGACGCUGGGCGCUCCCUCAGGCCUGGCGCGCAGGGCAUCCUGGAGCUGGAGAUCUGGAGGCCCCACCUGGACCCUCAGACGGCCGCCCUCCUCAAGAAGCAGUUCGAGGAGAGGGGCGCGAGCGACGCGGCCCCCCCGGAGGAGGCCGUCAACAGCACCGACGCCCAGGCCGAGGAGGCGCCGGCCGCGGCGGAGGGGGCGGAGGAGGACAACGGCGCGGGCGGCAAGCCCGAGGAGGAGCUGGCCGCGGCGAAGCCGGAGGGCGACGCGGAGGGCGCGGGCGAUACGGCCAGGGAGGAAGAGGAGGAGCAGAAGGAGGCCGUCGAGGAGGCCGAUGAGGCGCCGGUCGCGGCGAAGGAGGAGAAGGCCGAGGACGUCGGCGACAAGACGGAGGAGAAGGAGGAUGAGGAAAAUGACUACACGAAGGAGGAGGACAAUGCACAGAAGGAUGCCGACGUGAAGACCGAGGAUGCCGAGGAGGCGCUGGUCGCGGUGAAGAAGGAGCAGGAAGAGGCCCUUGACGCGGUGAAGGAGGCGCUGGUCGCCGUGAAGGAGAAGAAGGAGGAGGUCGAGGACGACGAGAAGGAUGCCGUCGACAAGGAGGCGAUGGCGCGGGACGUCGCGAAGGAGGUGGUGGUGGAAGAGGCAGAGGGCCAGGGCGCCUCCGGCUCCGCGGAGGAAAUUGGCGCUGCCGGGUUUGGCGAGGAGGGGCCGGCGACGGGGCCGAAGGCGAAGGAAGAACUCCAGGAGUACAGGCGCCAGUUCUUCCCAGACCUCGACACGCACACGGAUUCUCAGGACGACGCGGGGGCGCCGCGCGCCAGCCCCGGCGGGGCGCCCGGGGCGGAGGCGCCGCCGCCGCUGGCCGAGGGGCAGGCGCAGGAGUCCCCGGAGGCGGCCGCGCGGAGGGAGCGGAACCUCAAGAAGAAGGCGGAGCGCGAGGCGACGGAGAAGGCCAAGCGAGAAGCGGCGCUGGCCUUCAAGGGGGCGGACGAGGCGCUCAAGAAGAAGGCGGAGCGCGAGGCGAAGGAGAAGGACAAGCAGGAGGCGGCUUGGGAGAAGGAACACGGUGCGGCGGAGGCGGCCCGCCCGAGGGCGGCGGCGGAGAGCGGGAAGACGCGCAGCUUCGUGGCAGCCCUGGAACUGCCGAAGAACUCGGAUGGCCUCACCAUCGCGAAGGUCUUGGGCUGGAAGCUGGACGUCGCGGACGACAGCGCCCCUAUCACCAUCGGCAAAGUCCGGCGCGAGGGUUCGGUGGCUGCCUGGAAUGCCGCCAACCCAGGGAAAGCGAUCGGCCCCGGCGACCAGAUCAAGACGGUGAACGGGAUCCGCUGGAACCACAACUCGAUGCUGUUCGCCGACCACAUCGCCAAGCAGUUCGCAGCCUCCCAGGCAGUCGCCUCCAGGCGCCUGUACGUGGAGGUGCUACAGGCGUCGGCGGGCGCCGAGGACGUCGGCGCUGAGAAGAGCGAUGUGGCGAGCCCUGCCGGCGCGAAUGCGGACGCCCCUGCCAGCAAGGCUGCGAGUGCGAGCUCGGCCAGCCAGGGAGAUCGGGAGGAGACGGAGGCGGCUCCCCCGGGCUCAGGUGCUCCGCAGAACCAGGCCGAGGCCGCCAGGGCCAGCUUGGACGCAGGCGCCCCGCGCGAGGAUGGGAGCCAGGCGGAGGAGGCCCCCUCGAGCUCGGAGCCGCCUCGGGCUCAGAGCAAGGCGGGAGACGUCGUCGCGGAUGCGGGCGACCCCGAGGCGCGGAACGGCACUAGAGCCGCCGAGCUCAUGUCGGCGAUCGGCCACAUCGCGGCCGCCCAGUCUGCCGAGAAGUUCGAGGUGGCCCUGGACGUGCCCAAGUCAAUGGGGGGACUCAGCAUCGCGAAGAUCUUGGGCUGGCAGCUGGACGUCGCGGGCGACAGCGUUCCGCUCACCGUCCACAAGGUCCGGCGCGCCGGCUCUGUGGCCAUCUGGAACUCCGCCCACCCGGAUCAUGCGAUCCGCCCUGGCGACAAGAUCGUCGAGGUGAACGGGAUCCCCUGGAACCACAACUCGAUGCUGUUCGCCGACCGCAUCGCCAAGCAGUUCGAGGCCUCCCAGAGGCUGGCCUCCAGACGCCUGACCCUGAAGAUGCAGAGGGCCGCCGAGGGCGUCGGCUCGGGGCCGAGUGAGGUGGGCGCCGCUGCCCGCGCGGAGGCGGAUGCUCCCUCUGCCGAGACCGCGCGCUCGAGCUCGGGUGGGCAGGAGGAUCAGCGCGAGGCGGAGGUGGCCAGCUCCACGUCGGACGCGCCCCAGGACCAGGUCCAGCGCAGCGAGGCCGGCACGGACGCGGGCGUCCCGCAGGCGAGCGGGAGCGCGGCAGGGGCGACCCCGGCGAGCCCCAGGGCCCAGGAGGAGGGCAGCGCUGCCGUGGCGCCUCGCACGGACUCGGCGGCCCCGCGAGGGCAAAAGGAGACAGACGCGGUCACUGGGAAGAUGCGCAGCUUCGUGGCAACGCUGGAACUGCCGAAGGCCUCGGGUGGCCUCACCAUCGCGAAGGCCCUGGGCUGGAAGCUGGACGUCGGGGACGACAACGUCCCUGUCACCGUGAGCAAGAUCCGGCGUGAGGGCUCGGUGGCUGCCUGGAAUGCCGCCAACCCAGGCCAAGCGAUCCGCCCUGGCGACCAGAUCAGCGGGGUGAACGGGAUCGACUGGCAUGACAACUCGAGGAUAUUCGCCGACCACAUCGCCAAGCAGUUCGCAGCCUCCCAGGCAAUCGCCUCCAGGCGCUUGUUGGUGAAUGUGCGAAGGGCCGCAAAUGACCACGACGACGACGUCAGCAGAAACCAGAACGACACGAGCUCGGGCCGCGUGGAGGCGGACGUCCCGUCUGCGGAAACCACCGCGGGCAGCCACAGCAUGGAUGCGGAUGCAAAUGCUACUGGGGACACCCACUUGAGCUCGGACAGGCAGAGGGAUCGAACUGAGACGGAGGAGGUGGCCGACUCGACCUCGGAAGCUCCGCAGGAUCAAACUACCGAGGAUCACCCAAUCAAGGCUUCACUGCUUGCAGCAGUAAUAUCAACGGAUAACGCCAGCCGAGCCGUUCAGAGGAAAUCGUUCGUGCAGGUGGACGACUCGAGCCCGAAACACUUCGUGGCAGCUCUGCAUGUCCCGAAGUUCGCCAAGGGCCUCAACAUCGCCAAGGCCCUGGGCUGGAAGCUGGACGUCGGGGACGACAACGUCCCUGUCACCGUGAGCAAGAUCCGGCGUGAGGGCUCGGUGGCUGCCUGGAAUGCCGCCAAUCCAGACCAAGCGAUCCGCCCAGGCGACCAGAUAAUCAAGGUGAACGGGAUCCCCUGGCAGCAGGACUCGGGCACAUUCUCCGAACACAUCGCCAAGCAGUUCGCGGCCUCCCAGGCGGUCUCCUCCACGCACCUGUACCUGGAGGUGCAGAGGGCCCCGAGGAGCGCCGCAGACGCCAGCUCGGGCCAUGUGGCGGGCGUCUCCGCCGCGGGGGCAGCGCGCGGAAACUCUGGCGCGCGAGAGGACGAGAAGGUCAGCAGCGAGCACGUGUUCGCG